GCAGUCGCACUAGGAAAGAAUCAGAGGCCGAGCACAACACAGCUGUAGUCAAUCAAGCUAGCUAACGUUUGUUGUCUUGAUCCGUGUGUCGACGAGUAGUUGCUUGAUUAUACACUGUCGAGUAUCUUACAUCGAACUACCGACAGCCUACAUUUGUUUUACCAUGAAAUUUCAAUACAAAGAGGAGCACCCCUUUGAGAAGAGACGGUCCGAGGGCGAGAAAAUAAGGAAGAAGUAUCCGGACAGGGUGCCCGUAAUUGUGGAAAAAGCCCCCAAAGCAAGGAUAGGAGAUCUUGACAAGAAGAAAUACCUUGUGCCCUCUGACCUCACAGUGGGUCAGUUUUACUUCCUCAUCCGAAAACGAAUCCACCUGCGGGCCGAGGACGCCUUAUUUUUCUUUGUAAACAACGUCAUCCCUCCCACCUCUGCCACCAUGGGCCUGCUAUACCAGGAGCACCACGAAGAGGACUUUUUCCUCUACAUUGCCUACAGUGAUGAGAGUGUCUAUGGAGACAGCCAAACGGGAAUCUGAACCUUCUCUCCUUCCUCGCUGAGUCUUCUCCCUGUCUCCAUUGAAACGCUACAUCCAGCUCAGCAGUCUAGGGUUCCCAGAGCGAAGACGUCAGAUGCACUUCCACCCUCCCCUUCCCUCAACCAUUUUUUGUUUCCUCCAGUAAUCUUGCCACAGUCUGAAUUGUAUUUGCUUCUAGGUCUCCAAGGUGGUUUUCAGUUUUGUAGUGCUUUAUCACGCUGAAAUAGGUGACAUUUUGAAAUUUGUUAGAUUUAGACUUACCAGUAAUUAUUUAAAAUGUGAAAAAGGAAAAAUAUGUAACUAAGGAUCUACAAUCACAAGUUAAACUACGUUUCGUUUGGCAAUGAAGUGAUGUUUGUUCUUAAUGUAGUAAGACAAUGUCUUGACAGUAUAUUUGAAAUCUAACAGGAGUACAAUAGAAUUCAGACUGAACAGUCACUCUCUGUGUCUUCGCUUUCAGUGAUUAAAAUUAUUUUGAUUGCCACUAUGAUAUUAUUGUAAUUAUUUUUAGCUGGCUUAAUUUCUGAAAGUUAUUGUAAAGCUCUGUGCAAAUUUUACUUUUUAAUGUUUCUUUUAUUUUAUUUUUAAAGUUUGAACUCUGUAUACAGCUGUGUUAUUGCUGUUAUUGGUAUACAGCUCCACUCAUGAUCAUACUUCAUAAAAGGUGAUUUAAAAAGCCC